CCCUACAACCUCCGUCCGUCUCCUACCCGCGAGGCCGCGAGAGAGAGGGAGAAGGGGGGAAAUAACUGAGACACGGAGUCCCAGAAUAGGAGGACCACUUCGCCCUACGGUCCCCCCCCCCUUCCCACCGCUCGGCUCGUCCACCCUCUCUCGCCCGCCCGCCCCUCCCCGUCGGCGCCGCCGGAGCGCGGCCGCGUGCGGCGAUCCCGACCGUCCUCCCCCGCCGCGCCAGAUCUGACCCUCCACCCCCAUGUGCCUUCCUCCGUCCCAGAUCCGACCGACCUAGCGAGGAGCGCGCCGCGGGCGGACCCACGGCUUCUCGGGUGGGGAGGCUUCCCGUCCCGGGCCAUGGACGACGUGUCCAAGUACGCGCACAGCCCGGCGCACCUCGCCGUGGCGCGGCGGGACCACGCCGCGCUUCGGAGGCUGGUCGCCAGCCUCCCCCGCUUGCCGCGCGCCGGCGAGGUGGCCACCGAGGAGGAGUCCAUCGCGGGCGAGGCCUUGGCCGAUGCCGUCUCCUCCGUCAUCGACCGCCGCGACGUGCCGCGGAGGGAGACCCCACUCCACCUCGCCGUCCGCCUCCGCGACCCCGUCGCCGCCGACAUCCUCAUGUCCGCGGGCGCUGACUGGUCGCUCCAGAACGCCGAUGGAUGGUCCGCGCUUCAGGAGGCUGUCUGCACCCACGAGGAGGCCAUCGCCACCAUCAUCGCGCGCCACUACCAGCCGCUCGCCUGGGCCAAGUGGGGCCGCCGCCUCCCGCGCAUCCUUGCCUCCAUCAACCGCAUCCGCGACUUCUACAUGGAGAUCUCCUUCCACUUCGAGUCCUCCGUCAUACCAUUCAUUGGCCGCAUUGCCCCGUCCGACACCUACCGCAUUUGGAAGCGUGGGGCUGCACUGCGGGCCGACAUGACGCUUGCUGGCUUUGACGGUUUCCGCAUCCAGCGCUCGGAUCAGACGUUCCUGUUUCUGGGUGAUGGUGCAAGUCCCGAGGAUGCUGGGGGUAAGGAGUUGCAGCCGGGUUCCCUCAUCGUGCUGGCUCAUAAGGAUAAGGAGAUUACAGAUGCGUUGGAGGGAGCAGGUGUGCAGCCAACGGAGUCGGAGGUGGCGCAUGAGGUGGCAUUGAUGUCGAAGACGAAUAUGUACCGUCCUGGGAUCGACGUGACGCAGGCGGAGCUCGUGCCACACUUGAAUUGGCGCCGGCAAGAGAGGACGGAAGCCGUGGGGCAUUGGAAAGCCAAGGUGUAUGACAUGUUAAACGUUCUGGUGACCGUGAAGUCUAGGCGGGUGCCAGGGGCAAUGACAGAUGAGGAGCUGUUUGCGAUGGAUGGGGAGGAGAAGAACGGGAGGGGUGCAGAGCUUGAUGCUGAGUUAGAUGAAGUGUUGACAGCUGAGGAGAGGAGGCAGCUUGAUUCUGCGUUGAGGAUGGGGAACCAAGAAGAGGAAUUUGAGGAAAGGGGCGACGAUGGUGACAGUGGGGCCGGUCAUAUGGAUGCAAAUGGUGUGGCGAAAGAUAAGAAGGGAUGGUUUGGUUGGGGCGGCAAGAAAGGUCCCAAGAGUGAUGAGAAGCCAUCAAAGGCGGGGAGUAAGGAUGAAUUGGGUGAUCCAGGGAAGCAAAAGGAGAAGGGCAGUGGGAAGAAGAAGAAGGGUGGUUCAUCAGGCGAUUCUAAUAAACAUGAAAGCGAGUACAAGAAGGGGUUAAGACCAGUGUUGUGGCUGACACCGGAUUUCCCUCUGAAGACAGAUGAACUGAUCCCUCUGCUUGAUGUCUUAGCAAAUAAAGUAAAGGCUGUCAGGAGGCUUAGGGAACUCCUGACAACCAAGCUUCCUACAGGCACAUUUCCAGUCAAGAUUGCCAUCCCCAUUGUUCCAACUAUACGAGUCAUUGUGACGUUCACAAAGUUUGAAGAACUACAGCCUUUAGACGAGUUUGCCACCCCACCUUCAAGCCCAACACAAUUUCAGGAUGCAAAGGCCAAAGAAUCAGAAGGAUCAGGUUCAUGGUAUUCCUGGGUAAAAGGGGGCCGAGGUGCGCAGUCCAGUGACAGCGGUGAUAGUCGGAACUGGAAAGAUGAGGUUGAUCCAUUCCACAUACCAUCUGACUACACCUGGGUUGAUGCCAACGAGAAGAAGCGGAGGAUGAAGGCAAAGAAAGCCAAGAGCAGGCGGAAUUCAGCCCGAAAACAGUCAUCGAAAAACACUUCGGAAGGAGGCCAUCACCCCAUGAUGGAUGGCUUCGAGUAAACACAUUUUCACCAGCAUAGUAAGUUGUCUUUGCAUUCUUAAGACGUUAGUUGCUGAUGGCAGCUGGACGCCUGACGCAGAUUGAUAAUGUACCUGCACCAUUCACGCAGCGUGGUGGUGGUGGUGGUGGUGAUUAAUCGGAGUCGGAUCUCCUUGAGAACGUACAGGAUGGCUUAUACCCCCCUAAUCUGUAAUUCAAUGCUAUUUUUGCCCCCCUCCUUUUUUCACCUUGCUGGAUGUAUCUUUGAUGAUGAUAUGGCCCUGUUGUUGAAAAAUGUGUUGGAGGGGGCUGUAGUGCCCCGCUCCCCCUGUUGUAUGGAAGACUACGAAUAUGCAGCGAUUUUCUCGCAAAGAGGAAGCUCAAUGCACAUGCUUGUUUGUUCCA